AUGAAGACUUUUUCCAUCGUGUGUUGUAUUGUGUUGUGCUUAUGUUCGCCGGGAGUUCGCGCCCUAUCUUCCUCCGAAGAGCUAGAAGUGACAGACACAUGUUGCGCACACGGCGAGAGCGCGGCGGUGACGGCACCGACCUGUGGAGGAAUCACUCCGCCAGAAGACAUAGAACCUGAACAGAUGACAGUGUGCCUUGCAGCGAUAUCCAGCUGUUGUGAAAAGCAGCUCAAAUCCAAGGAAUCAUGUGUAGCAGGUAUGAAGUUGGCAGCAGCAAAAAAAUGCAGCACUGCAGACUCCGAGAUUGGAUCGUCAUGCUGUGAAGAAUGUUCAAUAGGAAGAUGGACAGGAGAGUCUCAGGGUAAAGGAGGAUGUGGGUCUGCACCCUCAACUGAAGGAGUCAGUCCAUCUACUGCGCUGAGGAAGGGUGCUUACCAUCAGUGUUGUGUGGAAGCCGCAGAAACUCCAGAAACGACAACAGAAAAGAAACCGGAGUCUACAACGGAGAAGAAGAUUGAAGUGACCACAGAAAAGAAAGUGGAGAAGCAGAAGUGUGAGAAAGACUCGUGUGAACAUGAGUGCAAUGAUGAGGGAGGAGUCGUGAGGUGCUCGUGUCGGGAGGGAUACAGGCUACAGGGGGAUAAGAAAUCGUGUAAAGAUAUAAAUGAGUGUGCGGAAGCUACGGAUGAUUUGUGUACAGCAGAAGAUACGGUGUGCCACAACACACCUGGAGCGUUCAAAUGCGUGCCCAUCAAGAAGAGAGACGUUGGACUUAGCUGCCCUCCUGGAUUUAAAAGGAACCUUGUCAACCAAGUCUGCGAUGAUAUCAACGAGUGUCAGAUGCCUCGUCCACCAUGUCCGAAGUACCUGUGUGAGAACACAAUAGGCGGUUACAAGUGCGCCGGGAAGUCAGGCAAGCCAUUCACUGAAGCGGUCCCUGGAGCGGUCACCGAAGCUGCCGUCAGCUCCACUUCUUCACCAAAGAAUGAUAUCUGCCCACCUGGAUUUAGAGCCGGACCUGAUGAUGAAUGCGUUGAUAUCGAUGAAUGUGGAGAGCGGUUAGACGACUGCCAGCGUCUAUCGCAGCACUGUAUCAACACGCACGGUAGCUUCUUCUGUCAAGACCAUGUCUCCAAGCGCUGCGCCCCUGGCUUCAAGGUCAACAGCGCCACCGGCAUAUGUGAAGAUAUUGAUGAAUGUGAAGAGAGUUCAGAAGAGGUGUGCAAGCGCACUGAAGUGUGCAUCAAUCUACCGGGAGCAUACAACUGCAAGUCUAAAAUAAGCACCUUACCAAAGUUAACACCUAAAAUCUGUCAAGAAGGAACCAGACUUAGUUCAGGAGGAUCCAUUUGUGAAGAUAUUGACGAGUGUCGUGAAGGGACCCACUUAUGUGAUCAGUUCCAGAACUGCAUCAACACGUACGGUGGACAUGAAUGUCGGUGUAAGAAUGGAUUCGAACUCGACUCUUCAUCUGGGUCUUGCGUCGACAUUGACGAGUGUGCAUUGAAGUUGGAUAACUGCGCCAGUGGGUUGCAUUGCCUGAACCUGCUGGGGUCAUUCACCUGCACCAAACGGGCUGUCACUAGCAGUACAACUACCACUACCUCCACCAGCCCCCCACUCUAUGAGUACGAGUACUAUGACUCUGACGAAGACAACUCGACAACCGACAGCGGUUACCCAGAGACAGUACCAACAGUGCCGACCACGCCCAGUACCACAACUUCAACGACUACCACGACAACCACUACCACGCCAAAACCUACCACCACAUCUACCACAACCACCACCACGACCACGACGGCAAAACCCACCACCACAUCGACAGCCAGACCUAGAAACAAUCCAUACCCACCAUACUACGAUAGACCAACAACAACUUCUUCAACGACCACAUUAAGAACUCCGAGAAGACCAGACUACUACCCGCGAAGACCUUACAAUCGAAGACCGGAGUCCAGCACGAGGAAACCGUUACCACCCUACAUACCCGUCAAUCCAGAACCUACUGACGAGGUUCCGAACGAUACGAGGCCCUUACCUCCUUAUAGACCAUCAAAUAAUAGGCCGUCUAGGCCAGAAACACCAGCUACCCGGCCUGAACCUACUCCUGCAGUACCAGAUGAUAGGAGAACGAAUGAGAUCGGAGGAGAGAAACCGAAAGAUGAAACUCCAGACUUUAACAUCAACGACCUGCAUUGUUUGGAUGGGUAUGAAAAGGAUGCAGCUGGAAAUUGUGUUGACACGGACGAAUGUGCCUUAGGACAACACGCUUGCAGAAACACCGAAAUGUGUCUAAACAGGCCAGGUGGAUAUAUCUGCGAGUGCAUAACCGGGUUCCGCAGGGAUCCUUCAGGGUACUGUAACGUCGUCACUACACCUGCGACCGCCAGGACCACUACCAGCACCACGACUACCACCACUACAACUACACAAAGAACUGCUGUUGCGAAUCCGGAAUGGGGAUACACGCCAGCUCGACCGAGCCGCCCGGCCCGCCCAGACCGCCCAGACCGUCCAGACCGCCCGGACCGCCCAGUCAGCCCGGACCGCCCAGACCGUCCCGAACGCCCUGACCGCAGAUAUCCUCCAGUUUCUUGUGAACUGGGCUUCACCUUCGACGGCAGUGCUGGGAAGUGCGUUGAUAUAGAUGAAUGCGCUACCAACCAAGCUUCGUGUUCUGCUCUGGAAGAUUGUAUAAACGUGGAAGGUGGUUACCGCUGUGAAUGUGGCAGAAGAUGUAGAGGAGAUGACAGAUCAGUAAUCACUCCAACUCCCUCGAGUUCUACCACUCGGCCAUCAUCAGCUCCUUCGAACGAGGGUCGCAACGUGAUUACAGUUGGAGCACAGUACGGGCAGAGAGGUCCCUACUCCCCGCGACCAACGUAUACCAGGCUCCCUGACGUGGGUGCACUGGUAGCUUCAUGUCCUUGGGGAUACAAGCUUACACCUGAGAAGAGGUGCUAUGACAUCGAUGAGUGUGCCCGUAAUGUUUCGGAGUGUGGGCCAGACCAGCGAUGUGAGAACUUCUACGGAGGGUACUCCUGUCAGUGCCCGGCUGGACACAGGCUGGUAGGACAGAACAUGUGCGAGGACAUCAACGAGUGUAUGCAUGGAAAUCCAUGCGCAUACAACGCAGACUGCCUUAACACAUGGGGUUCAUAUAGAUGUGAGUGCCGCACUGGCUUCCGUAACGCCCCAUCCAAUGACAAGGUCUGUGUUGAUGUAGACGAGUGCUCUGAAACCCCUGGGAUCUGCAGCCAGGGCUGUUCCAAUACUUGGGGAAGCUACCGGUGCUACUGCAAGAGAGGGUACCGUCUUGAUGAUGAUAACAAGACUUGUGUGGAUGUGAAUGAAUGUGAAGAGUUCUCAUUAGUUCGUCUGCGCGGCAAGCUUUGUGGAGGCGAGUGUGUCAACGAGCCUGGCAGCUACCGGUGCGCUUGUCCUGCAGGGUACCGGCUUUCGGAAGAUAGUAGGAGCUGUAUUGACAUAGACGAGUGUGAGACGGGCGAGGCUCGGUGCGCACGCGGCAGUGACGCCGGCUAUGUGUGCCAGAACACUCGAGGCAGCUACCACUGUCACCACAUCGACUGUCCCCCAGGAUACAAGCUGGAGUCAAAGCACCGUUGUGUCCGCGUGCAGAGAUCCUGUCAAGUUGGUGAUUGGACGUGUCUUCAGCAGCCCAGCACUUACAGCUAUAAUUUCAUUACGUUUGUGGCCAACAUAUACCUGCCUUCUGGGAGUGUGGAUCUUUUCACGAUGCACGGUCCAUCAUGGCGGGAGUCUUUAGUUAGCUUUGAGAUGCGCAUGGUAUCGGUGCAAGCGUCGCCUGGCAUACAACCUGCAGAUCUUCGGUGUUUCGACAUGCGUCCAUCAGGCAAUAUUUGCGUGAUCUCGCUCCUGUGUUCGCUGCAAGGUCCUCAAGUGGUGGAACUUGAGCUCACCAUGUCACUCUACCAGCGCACCAUGUUCGCUGGCAGUGCAGUCGCCAGACUCGUAGUAAUCGUCUCGCAGUAUGAGUUCUAG